AUGGCGUCACUUCAAACGGUGUCGUGAACGAUUAUUCUAGUUGCCGCUGAAAAAAAUAAUAUUUCUCGCAUAAAAUAUACCUGCCGGCCGCUUAAACCGAUCGAAAAGCAAAGCUACUCCAUUGCGGCGCGAUUUGCAGCUAAAACUGUGGCAGUGCGGGCGCGAUUUAACGCAGAAAACCCACAGCACAAAAGUCGGGCGAGUCGAAGUCGGGAAUCUGCAUCCGCAUCUGAAUAUCUCAAUCCGAAUAGAGGUGUGUACGUAGUGUUGCGUCGCUUUUUCAUUGGGAGCCCCUCGCAUAGCUCGCCGUGAAUCGCAAACAUUGUGCUAAAUUACAUAAAUAGCUAACGAAAGCCUAGCGAAAAGGACAAAAGGAGAAUUCUAUGGACAAAAGUAGGAAUUCCUGAGAGAGCAUAAAGAGCAACAGAGACGGAACGAGUCGAUGACGAUAGCCCUGUUUCUUUAUCGCCCAGGAAUCCAUGCAGUAUGACCGCGCUGCGCACCUACGGAUAUCUCACCUGCAGAGUGACCGUCUAAGGGAUAGCGCAGCCGAGAGAGUGACGCGCAACAGCAACCAACAACAAUAAUAGUGUGCAUGUGAUGCCCCAUAUCCAGAGAUCGGACUAGUAGACUACUAUGUGAAUGCAGCCAUCAACAGUGAGCAGCUCUCUCUCUCUCUAGAAGUUCAACCAAAUUGAUGUGCCAUUCAGGAGCAGCCGAAGGAGCAGCAGAAGCCAAGGUGGAGCAACGUAGACGCUAAGCGAGAGUAUUAACGAGAGUCGAUGCAACAAUCCCUCCAGUAAACAAUACAAAAACAGUAACCAGAAACCUACGGAAAUCGAACCAAGAAGCACAGUGUACAUACAACUGUAACGAAUUUAAAACCAAAUAGCAGCGCAGAGCUUCAGAAGAGAAGUAAGACGACAUUUCACGCCCCACAGCUACCAUAAGAUAAAUGCCAAGAUAAGUCGUUACCGCUUCAACACCGCCAUCAGCAUCACCCAGCAACAGAAGCUGCUCCAGCAACUUCAACAGCAGCAAGAGCACCAGAAGGCAAACGGUCUGAAGGGAAAGAAAGGCAAGAAGAAAAAGUCCAAGGAGACGUUGCAGUUGCUGAUUGGUCAGGAAACGAACCAAGGAGAGCUGUUGGAGUUACCCAACGGUGCCACAAACAAUUGCAAGACGCCCAACUCAACCGCCAAAGUCGCCAACAUAACCCAUAAAAUUUUCGGUUGGCUACGCAAAUCUCGAAACAAACGGCCAGUCGAGAUCCUCAGCAGCGAUUUCGGCGAAGACGGCGACGAGGGCGUUGGCGAGGGCAACGGUGGGAAGGGCACUGCUGGGAAAGGUCCUGGUCAGGGGCAGGGCGCAGUUGAGGGAGGAGGAGCAGCUGCAACUGGUGGUGCAGCAGAUCUAUUUUCAGUGGCAAGCGUUAGAAAUAAAGCCGGCAAGCUGAAUACCACACAGUCAGCCACGGAGACCACCGCCAUCGAUUCAAACGAACCCAAAUCUGAAAAGAUGUCAUCGGGCACGUUUGUGGAUCGAAUCGACCCGUUCGCCAAACGUUCGCUCAAGAAGAAGGGUAAAAAGAGUCAAGGUUCCUCGCGCUACAGAAAUUCUCAGGAUGUUGAGCUUCAGCAAUUGCCGCCAUUAAAAGCCGAUUGCUCCAGCCUAGAACAGGAGGAGCUGUUUAUAAGGAAGUUGCGCCAGUGUUGCGUCUCCUUUGACUUUAUGGAUCCCGUGACGGACUUGAAGGGCAAGGAGAUCAAAAGGGCCGCUCUGAACGAUCUAUCGACCUAUAUAACACAUGGCCGUGGUGUGCUUACGGAGCCGGUCUAUCCGGAAAUAAUUCGCAUGAUAUCUUGCAACCUAUUUCGGACGCUGCCGCCAAGUGAAAAUCCCGACUUUGAUCCCGAGGAGGAUGAUCCGACCCUGGAGGCCUCUUGGCCGCACCUACAGCUGGUCUACGAGGUCUUUCUACGCUUUCUGGAAUCUCAGGAUUUCCAGGCCACUAUCGGCAAGCGGGUGAUUGAUCAAAAGUUCGUUUUGCAGUUGUUGGAACUGUUUGAUUCAGAGGACCCACGAGAGCGGGACUUCCUCAAGACGGUGUUGCAUCGCAUCUACGGAAAAUUCUUGGGUCUGCGGGCUUUUAUACGAAAACAGAUCAACAACAUAUUUUUGCGAUUCAUUUAUGAGACGGAGCAUUUCAAUGGAGUCGGCGAGCUCUUGGAAAUCCUCGGAAGUAUCAUCAACGGAUUUGCUUUACCACUGAAGGCCGAACACAAGCAAUUCCUUGUCAAGGUCCUGUUGCCGCUGCACAAAGUCAAAUGCCUGUCGCUCUACCAUGCCCAACUCGCGUACUGCAUUGUCCAAUUCCUAGAGAAGGAUCCAUUCCUCACCGAGCCGGUGGUGCGUGGCCUGUUGAAGUUCUGGCCCAAGACGUGUUCCCAAAAGGAGGUCAUGUUCUUGGGCGAGAUUGAGGAGAUCUUAGACGUCAUCGAUCCGCCGCAAUUUGUCAAGAUCCAGGAGCCGUUGUUCCGUCAAAUUGCCAAAUGCGUUUCGAGUCCACAUUUUCAGGUUGCUGAGCGGGCUCUAUAUCUGUGGAACAAUGAAUACGCCAUGUCGCUCAUCGAGGAGAACAACGCGGUCAUCAUGCCCAUCAUGUUCCCGGCCCUAUACCGGAUCAGCAAAGAGCACUGGAAUCAAACCAUCGUGGCGCUUGUCUACAACGUUUUGAAGACGUUUAUGGAGAUGAACUCCAAACUAUUCGACGAACUGACCUCCAGCUACAAAGCGGAAAGGCAAAAGGAAAAGAAGCGGGAGCGUGAUCGGGAGGAGCUGUGGAAGAAGCUACAUGAACUCGAAACUAAUCGUUCUAGUGGGCGCGCCGCUGGCGGUAGCGCUGCGACAUCCAACAGCGCAGCAUCCGCGUCGUCGUCAACGUCCGCCCAGCUGCUGCCACCCAGCUCCGCCGGCCUGAACUCACAUCAGCAACAGUCGAAUAGCAGCAGCAGCGGCAGCCUGUCCAGCGGUGGCGACAAUAAUCCUGCGACCACAAAUGCAAAAAUAAAGGAAAAGUCGGAAAACUAAGCGAUCGAGCGACGCGAGGCGCGCCAGAAAUUAACAAUAAAAAAUUAAUUAAAAACCAA